AUGUCGCCAUGCGCGUGGCCAGCCUCGGCACUGCUGGGCAAGGGCUGGCAGCGCCUGUCCCUGCUCAGCGGUCCCCCCCUGGCGCUCAAUGCCGCGGCCUGCAACGGCCGACGCUCGUACGCCGUCCUCUCCGGCGGCGCGCCGCGGUUCCAGGUCUUCAACAGGCGCACAAAGUGGCUCCAGAAGGAGCGCGCCGCCUCCAACCCUGAGGAGGGCCGCCAGGCGGACUACCUCAAGGACGAAGUCGCCGUGCGGCUCACGGACCGGUUGCUGGACAUCAACCGGCAGUUUCCCCGCGUCCUCGAUCUCGGCGCCAACUCGUGCAACAUUGCGCGCGCCCUGGUGCAGGAGAACCCGGACCCGGACCCGUCUACGCCAGAAUCACCACCGCUGGCGACGCGGAUAUCGGAACUCGUCGCCGCCGACUCGUCCGAGACGCUUCUGUACCGCGAUGCGGACCUCGACUUCAACAAGAAGCUUAACAUCACGCGGCAGGUCCUGGAGGACGAGGAGACUCUCCCCUACGAGGCAGAGUCGUUCGACCUGGUCCUGAGCUCCCUGAGCAUGCACUGGAUCAACGACCUCCCGGGCAUUCUGUCACAAAUCAACAACGUCCUGAAGCCGGACAGCCCCUUCAUCGGGGCCAUGCUCGGCGGCGAUACCCUUUUCGAGCUGCGCACGUCCCUCCAGCUCGCGGAGCAGGAGCGCAGAGGCGGCAUUUCUCCCCACGUCUCCCCGUUGGCCGACGUCAGGGACGUGGGAGGCUUGCUACAAAAGGCCGGCUUCAAGAUGUUGACGGUGGAUGUCGACGACAUCAUUGUCGACUACCCGGACACAUUUGCGCUCAUGCAAGACUUGCAGUCCAUGGGCGAGAACAAUGCCAUCCUCGGCCGAGAGAUGGGCCCCAUCCGACGUGAUGUGUUGAUGGCCAACGAAGCCAUAUACAGGGAGCUUCAUGGAAACCCGGACGGGUCCAUCCCAGCAACCUUUAGGAUCAUAUACAUGAUUGGGUGGCGUGAAGGAGAGAAUCAGCCGAAACCGCUUGCAAGAGGAAGCGGCGAGCUAAAUCUGAAGGACAUUUUGGAAAAGAAGUAA